GAGAGGAGGUGACUCUUCAGCAGCAUUUAGACACAGCGAAAGGAUCAUGGCGGAUGGCCCCAGGUGUAAGCGCAGAAAGCAGGCGAACCCGAGGAGGACAAACGUAAGUAACUACAGUCCUGUGCUGGAGGGCCAGUCGGACUCUGAUGAUGAAGAUAAGCUUCACAUUGUUGAGGAGGAAGGGAGUCUCCUGGAUGGGGCUGACUGUGACAGCGUGGCCCCUGACGAUGACCCUAAUGGGGCUGCCGACCCAGAUGGCAGAUGGGAUGAUGUGAAAGAGGAGUGUAUGUCGGAUGAGGAUGAGAGGAGCAGAGAUGCUUUGGUUGAGAAGAUUCUCCAACAAGGAGACACGGCAGUCAUCUUCCCAGAGGCACCAGACGAUGAACCACGACAGGGCACGCCAGAGACAAGUGGACAUGACGAAAAUGGCACACCAGAUUCGUUUUCUCAGCUCCUCACCUGUCCGUAUUGUUCUCGUGGCUACAAGCGUUACACCUCACUGAAGGAGCACAUUAAAUACAGACACGAGAAGAGUGAGGACAACUUCAGCUGUUCGCUCUGCAGCUACACCUUUGCCUACCGUACACAGCUGGACAGACACAUGACUGCACACAAAGCUGGCCGAGAGCAGCGGCAUGUUACUCAGUCAGGUGGAGGAGGGAAUCGUAAGUUUAAAUGCACUGAAUGUGGCAAAGCCUUCAAGUACAAACACCACCUGAAAGAACACCUGCGCAUCCACAGUGGAGAAAAGCCUUAUGAAUGCUCCAACUGCAAGAAGCGUUUCUCUCAUUCGGGCUCCUAUAGUUCCCACAUCAGCAGUAAGAAGUGCAUCAGCCUCAUCUCUGUAAAUGGGCGGCCACGACCCUCUCCCGCUACUGGGGCUGCAAAGACCCCGCAGUGCUCCUCCCCAUCCCUGCCAACCUCUUCCCCUACAGCACGUGCCCAAGUCAGAGACAAACUGGACAACAGCAAACCCCUUCAGGAGCAGCUUCCCGUGACACAGAUCAAGUCUGAGCCACUGGACUAUGAGUACAAGCCUGUGGUAGUGGCCCCAUCUACUAGAGGGGUUAAUGGCAUCUUCCAGGGUGGAGCUGCAGCCCCCCUCCAGGGCGCCGUACAGGCUGUUGUGCUCCCAACUUUGGGCCUGGUCUCACCUAUCAGCAUCAACCUGGGUGACCUGCAGAAUGUGCUGAAGGUGGCAGUGGAUGGGAAUAUCAUCAGGCAGGUGCUGGAAAGCACACAGGCCAAGGGGCAGCAAGCAGGGACAGGAAUUGUUGGAGCAGCAGGUGUGGGCAUUGCCCAGGCAUCCCAGCAAGUUAUCCAGGCCAUUAGUCUUCCCAUCUUGGAUCAGGACGGCAAUACCAAGAUCAUCAUCAACUACAGCCUAGACCCUUCACAGGCCCAAGCAGUCCUGCAGAGUACAAAGACAGAGCCGUUGGGGGCAAACACUGUGGUCUGCAAGGGUCAGAAGCUGCCAGAGGACCUGACGAUCAAGACAAAUAGGGACAAAACCACCAUCACUGUGGACGAGAAGAAAAUGCUUCACAAUGACACAACACAUAAGCACUGUGGUAAAGAUGGACAUAGGGUAAAUGGGAAAAAUCUUGAGAUGGACUUGAAGAUGGACUUGGAGGAAGGACUUUGUCCUGGUCACCCUCCACUAAAUAACCUUCUUUCCUUGCUUAAGGCUUACUUUGCCUUGAAUAAUGAGCCAACCAAGGAUGAGCUGGCAAAGAUAUCUGAGUCCGUCAGUCUUCCAGCAGAGGUGGUGAAGAAGUGGUUUGAGAAGAUGCAGUUGGGACAGAUUUCUGUAGACCCCUCUUCACCCUUGCCUGAAGGUGAGCAGAACACUCCUGAUGAUUUGGAUGGGACUAUAGGGGAUGGAACACCUAGAAUUGAGCCAGAUGACCAAAUGAACUCAGAGGAGCAAGGGGAUAGGGAUUGCUGUAGCCCAGCAGAGGGCAUUCCAGCUGGGAUAAAUGGGAUUGAGAGUGCCCCUACUUCUUCACCACUAAACCUGUCCCAUGAUGGUCCUGUCCCGGCCAGGACUAAUGAGGGUGAGGGUCCUCUUGAUCUAUCUCUACCAAAAUCCGCUGCUACAGCUGCUAUGGCUAGCAGUCCUGCUAACACUGUUUACUCGGCUCAAGAGGAGCCACUGAAUUUGACUUGCACAAAGAAGGAACUGCUCAGCAAUGCAACCUCCAAUGCUGCCAUAUAUGUCAGCCAACCAAGUGCCAAUCCCAUAAACAUUGUGACCACUGAACUGCCCACACUAGUGGCAAUCACUGACCAGGGACAAGGACAAUGUCUACGUGCACUUACCACCACUAAACAGACCAUCCUGAUCCCACAGCUGGCCUAUAGUUACACCACUACAUCUUCCAGCCCAGCAGUCAUUGACACACCACAGAAGAACUUACUGCAGGUCAAUGGUAUCAAGGAGGAGAAACAGGAGAUGGGCUCAGAAGUCACAUCAAUGUUAGACGAACAGACAGACUCAGACUCAGGGCCGACAAGGAAGAAGAUGAAAAGGACUGAGAGUGGCCUAUACGCCUGUGACCUGUGUGACAAAAUCUUCCAGAAGAGCAGUUCACUGCUCCGCCAUAAAUACGAACACACAGGUAAAAGGCCUCAUGAAUGUGGCACCUGCAGCAAGGCUUUCAAACACAAGCACCACCUGAUAGAACACCUGCGCCUACACUCCGGAGAAAAGCCCUACCAGUGCGACAAGUGCGGCAAGCGUUUCUCCCACUCCGGCUCCUACUCGCAACACAUGAACCACCGUUACUCCUACUGUAAGAAGGAGGCUCUGGGUCAAGGUCUGGGACAGGGGGCCGAGGAAGAAGACAACCCUGGCGAGGAGCAGCCUCGGACAGGCAGCGCAGCAACAUCGCCUCCCUCCCACCUGGACUCAGACGAGCGGGGGAGUAGUACCAGAGAGGAUGAGAGUGAGGAAGAGGAUGAGAUGGGCUUGGGGAGCAUAGUGGAUGAGGAUGAGAUUCAGGUGGUAAAGAUUGGGGAGGAAGGAGAUGAGGAGGAAGGAGAGAGGAUGGAGGAGGGCGAGCAAGACGAGACGGAGGAGGUCCGAGAAAAUGGCGAGGAAGAGACGCGAGAGGGAGGUGAGAGGGAGGCUGAUGGAGAAAAUAACAGACAGAUGCUGAAGGUCGUGGUGAUGCAGGAUGAAUGCAAAGAGGAGGAACACAGAGAUGAAGAACAAACAGAGGACAAGGAGGCCAUGGACACAGGAGCUCUUGAAAACAUGAAGGACAUGACAAAAAGAGCACUGAAAGACAGUGAAAAUAAAGGAAACACACCUGUUAUGAAUGGAGACGUUAAAUGAAGAGAAAACCACAACUGUGUUUUUAUGACCCUUAUUCCUUACAACGUUGUUUCAACGUAAGUUACUAAUUUGAAGGAACAAAAAAAGUCUCUUCCUGAGAUCGGACUGUGUUAAGUGGUAACAGGAGAGCGAGGUUAGGAAAGAAAGAUAGGAAGAGAUCAUGAUUGCUUUUACGCUGCAUUUAAGCCCACUACUGUGUAUAAAACCCCCAGGUGUGCCUGAUAAAUACAAACUAGUUACUUUUUCCACAUAGACAAUUUUCAAUGUUUAAGUAUGGUUUGUAUAAAUAAAAGUAAAAAAAAAAAAAAAGUGACGCAUAUGCGGACUGAAUGCUAGACAUGUUUUGGCUAAUAAUGUUUUAUUACUAAAACGUCUUGGGUCAAUUUGUUUUAUCAGUAUUACUAAUGUUUUGUCACUCACAGUUUACCCUUAAAAGAUGUACAGUUGGGAAAAGAGAUUUCUAUACAUUUUUAUUGCCAAUGAACAAAACUCAGUAUUUGUUUUUGUUAUUUUUUUUGCAUUUGAAGGAGAAAAAAGAAUCCUGUGCACUACCAUAUUCCCAGUUUACCUAUGGAACACCUAUAUGGGCCUUGUGUUGUUUAAUGUCUACCUUCCAGUAUUAGCACCCCUAUACCAUGCUAGCAUUCGCUGGCACAACAUUUGUCUGUUGUAUUAUUUCAACAUGGACUGUGAGCCUUAAAUCUAAAAAAGAUUAAUGUGGUUAUGGUGGGGGUGGCGGGGCUGUCCAUUUAGAGUCCAAAAUUAUUUUUUUGAAAGCCAAGACAUCAAAGAAAACCUUAGUAAUCCCACAUGGUUGGUUGGUUGGUUGGAUUUAGACAUUCUCAUUAGUUUUCAUCAUGUUUCAGGUGAUCGCCAUCAGUCCCUUCCCCACCUAUCCAUCCACUCUUAUGCAAAAACAUGCAUGUUGGAAGUGCCAUUGAAUAGUGCCCUUGCUGUGACGCCGUUGCUAGGCAACAUACUCACGCGUGGGGCUCUUGCUGUUUUAAUUUUUGGUAGCAACAUUUCUGACCCCUGAAUCUAAACCACUAGUCCUGAACAAAAGGACAAGACUGCCUCUUUUUUGAUCAAUUCAGUAAAAGGACUACAAUGCAAGAAUUCAGGAAAGACGAUCAGUGAGCAAAAAAGGUGAAAAACUAUUUUUUCAGCCUUGAAUUAUUCAUUUUUCCCCUGUUUGGUGCACUUGUUUAUCUUGUAUUCUUAGCCGCACGACACUUUUUCUUCAGGUAACAAAUGUAGGCAGAAUUCACUUUGAGUGUUUUUAUGUUUCUUUUCAGUCAGCCUUUUUACCUGUCAGUAUUAAUUUUUUGUCUCUUUUGUAUUGAAGUUUUUUGUUUCGUUUGGUUGUUUGUUUCAGUGAACAUUGUGUUAUGUGUGUGUGUAUGGUUUUUUUUUUUUUUUUUGUCCCAGUAAAGUCAGUAUUACCCCUCCCAUCCCUCACCAGUAUAACUUUAAAUUUUUAGUUUUAGAGACCUUUUAUAUUUAUGUGUCUUAUUUUUGUAUUUCCUUUAUGGUUAUUUAUUACACAGUGUAGUGUACAAUACUGUAGUUUGUAUUAAUACAAUAAUAUAUUUUAGUAUGAAGAAUAAUUUCGAAGAUAAAUGAAUUCAAAGCUGGGGGGAAAACUCGAGCAUUUCAAAGUGUUUUAAAACAGAAAAAGUAUUAUUUUGAAAUUUUCAAAAUGCAUUGUUUGAAAGCAAACCCACCCCUAAAGUAUACGAGAACUGUUACCUUUUUCAUGUCAUUCACUUUCAUGUUACUGUCUCUUACCCCAUUAUAUUUUAAAGCUACUGAACUUCUGAAAACUAAUUGUAUGCUAUACGCGCAUGAGUCUUUGCUGUUGUAUCGAAAGAUUGUCCUUAACCAUGAAAAUGUGCUGCCCUUUUAACGAAGCCAAAACAUCAUCAAUGUUUGUUUUUUAUGUUUGGUUGUGCCAAUUUUUAACUCUCUUUGUCUACAUCAAGGCAACAAAGUCUUUAAAUGUCCCUCUUUUAAUCUUUUUAGUGAUAGCUUUUUGUUUGAUUGCUUGUUUAAUUUAGUUUUUUAAUGACUCCCCAUCUCACAAUAAAAUACAUCAAGAA